CAUCAAUCUUCGAGAGCAUGAUCAAAAAUCUUAUUUUCCCCCUCUUUGCGUUAGGAUCAGCCCUACACAUCUCAAACGCGUGGGCUCCUACUUCAGUAUCGCUCCUCGGCAGGAAUCGAGAAAUUACUCCCUUAUCUCUUCUUUCUGCUACUGACUCGGUUGACGGGAAUAAUGACGCUAUAAAAGACACAGUUUACGACGCAACAGAUGACGUCCAAGAUGCUGCUGAAAACGCAGCUGACGACCUCGGGGACUCUGCCAAGGACACUUCGGAUAGUUUCGCAAACGCAGCCGAGGACGCCUCGGAAAAUGUCGCGGAAGCCGCAGAAGGUGCAAAAGAAAACAUUGAUCCGGACCAGGCCUUCGAUGACAAGAGCACCUGGUCUAAGGUCAAAGAGACCGCUGGCGAUGCCAAAGACUAUGUGCAACAGAAGGCUAGCAAUGCUAAAGACAAAGUUAAAGAUAUGGCGUCUGCCGCGAAAGAGAAGGCAAUUGAUGUCAAGGAUGCCGCUGUUGGUGGGAGCGACGACUAGGUGCACGAGGAAAUUUACACUCACCACCAAUGCUACGUCAGUCGGACUCUACACCCAUCUCCCUCGAGUAUUAGUAGCAAUAUAAAACAAAUAAUUUUAGUUCGUUAAAUAAGUUCUUAUACGUAAAGCGGUGGC